AUGUGUGUUGCAGCCCCUGAAGACCCUCCACAAAAUGUAGUUUUCAGAAACGUCACUUCUAAAUCUCUAUCUCUAACUUGGGAUCCUCCAAAGAUCAUCACAGGACGGUUCAGUUACGUCAUCCAGCUCCACAGCUCUGAAGAAUUUAUUAGUGAAAACGGCACAAUCGAACAGGCAUUUAUGUACACUGGACUGACUCCAUACACACAAUACUACAUCCACGUGAUGGCCAAAUCAGCAGGGGCCACAGGACCGGCAGCAGUGAUCAACAUUACAACACUAGCAGAAGCCCCGAGUGCUGUGUCUCAUCUGACAGCAGAGGCUGUGGACUCCACGUCGGUCCGUCUGUCCUGGAGACCCCCGAGCCAACCGAACGGACUGAUCACACACUAUCGGAUUCUAGUGUUAUACCGCAGUACUCUUGUACAGGACAUCACCCUGCGAGAACAGAACGCUCCACUUCGUAGUAAUGCGAGGUCACUUGACAUCACCACAGCAUCUGCAUUGACUCUCACCUCACACGGAACAUUUCCCGCUUUGGGUCGUGAUUUUUCCAACACUGAUAUGGAACUGACCUCUGACCUUCCUCUGACCCCGAGCACCCCCCACACACCUCCACCCUGGCUCACAGUGACCCAUGACAGAACCGCUGCAUCUGUUCAGGCUGAGACUGAGGCUGUAACUGAGGAGCCUUUGACUGAACUUUCAGCUCUCACUCGAGGAACUGAACAACCACCAUUGGUUAACUUAAGCCCCUCCCAGCCCCGUCGCUCCACUAGGGCGGUGGCCACAGACUCCACCCAGCAGCAGGUGAACCCACCAACAAGAGCUGCCACCACUAUUGGAAUAGAGGGUAAAUAA